UGGCUGCAGGAGACAGUCGUGCGGCAGACGCCAGACCGUUCACACUACCCACUCGUCCGUCACUCCCAGUGCACCGCCGCAGCCGCUCUCUGGAACGGCGCCUAGAUCUUUUUUUGAACCCACUGGUAGUGAUCGCUUUCCAGCGCUGGGAGCUGGAAAGCUCUGGCCCAAGUGUGCAGUGGAUUAUACUCUUACUCUCAAGAAUUUUUGUGGUGUUCUUAAGAAUUUGAAUGUGAUGGUGCCAGUGGAGUGAAUUUUUUAGCGUGGAUUCUAAGAAUGUGGUGAAGGAAACAAUAGUGAGUAAACUCUGUCUAUCAGCCAGGGAGGGGGCCUAUAAAAAAGUGAGACCUGAACCUUACUUGUGACCUGUGACCUGUAUGUUGUCCGCUAGCCAAGUGGUGGUCAUCGUGCAGUGACCCAAGUUUGACCCUGGCUGACCUGUCAAGGAGAAGAGUGUGGGGUCACGAAGGCUGGAUGCGAGCCAUGACUGAUCUUGACACCCCCGGCGCUGUCGUCUGGCCAAAGUGGUGUUAUUCCAGUAAGUCAGCUUGGUAUCAUUCCCGUAACCAGACGGAGACGGAGACCGCCCAGGACCUGGCCCUCAACAACAACAAUACGCCCCUCACCAAAGACAAGGAACACGCUGCGGCCGCCGCGGCUGCCGCAGCGUACGGCGCCAAGGGCCGCAGGAAGCUGCGGCGCGAGGUACCCAUUAACGGCCUCCGCGGAGCCGAGGACAAGAUGCCCUCGGACUCCUCGAGCGACGUCAAGUCCGAGAGAUUAUCUCCCGAUCCCGGGAGUGACGCCCCCGCCCACGCCGCCCACGCCACGCCCAGCCCUUCCGUGUCGCCCAAGUCCCCCGCCUCACACCGCACCCGCACGCCCUCCUUCCCCGGCACGCCGCCCAAUCCCGCCUUCACGCCUCCCGCGGCCAUCCCCUCCGCCUACGACCGCUUCAGUCCCGCGCCACUGGGCGGCGUGGGCGGGCUUCCGGGCGGACCCGGCGCCAUUAAACAGAUGGAGUCACUAAUGAACAGGAACUGCUCUGAUCUCAUGAGGUCCCUGGCAGCCAAGUACAACAACAGCAACCCUAACGAUUACUUCAGCAGUCCAAACAACGGGUUCCUACGUCACCCACUGGGCGGCCUGGCAGGCUUCAAGCACGGAUCGGCGCCCUUUCUUGGCGUCCCUACCCAACCUACCACAUCGACUUCGAUUAAGGACGUAGAUAAGAAGAUCGACGCUGUACCUGUAUCAACAGCCGCCGGUAUCUCGCAGUUGCCUCACCCAGGGGCGCCUCCCAUGUUCCCCGGUGCCGCAGGAAUCCCCGGGUUCCCUGGCUUUCCCCUGGUAGACAUGUCUUCGUCUCAAGUCCUUCUCAACAUGGUACGCAAUGCCUCCGCGACGCAACAGUCGCAGCUUGAGAACUACUUGCGGGGAGCCAUGAAGCGACCAGCAGACGCCCCAACCUCUCCUCUCGAUCUCUCUGCCACCAUGACUACCAAGAGACCCCGAACGGAACCCUCUAAAUCCUUUGACGUGAAGACGUUGUUUGGUCUUCAGCACGAGGAGGAGAAGAAGCUGGAGACCAAGGCACACACCACACGAUCCCCCACGCCUCCUAAGCCACGGCCCACGCCCUCCCCUGGGACGCAUAAGCCACCCACGCCAUGCUCAGACAAGAACUGCCCUACACUAGAGACUAUCGGCCACUGGACCGUCGAUGACGUAUGUUCCUUCGUGGGAAGUAUAGAACUCUGCGCCGAAUAUGUCGAGGCGUUCCGUGAGCAACGUAUCGAUGGGUCUGCGCUGCCGCUACUGACGGAGGAGCACCUAACGUCCAGCAUCAACAUGAAACUUGGCCCCGCCCUUAAACUCCGUUCCGUCCUAGCACGCCGCCUGGGCGCCUGUAACGUGUGCCUUCAUUGCGAUCACUGCCACACGCAGACGCAGGAGCGGCGGCCCAGCUCUGUCGCUUCAGGGCAAUAGGGUUGGACUUCGGGUUUGCUUGGAUUGAUUCACAUCCACAGUAAAGCCCCCCGGACAUACUAACAUGUCCUCAGUGUACCAAACGUGAAUGUUUUAUGAAUUCCGGUGGUGUUUUCAACAGUUUAUGGAGGAGAGAACUCGUGCUGCCUUGGCACGACUUGGGCAGUGGUAAUGUUAUAAUGACCUCAGGGACUUCAAAGCCCACGCCCAAAAGGAUCCUCCCUGGGUACUCCUACGAAGUGCUGCGUGUCGCAACUUGAAAGUGACAGUUUGCUAUAGAGGCGGGCAAGUUAAAACACACCGGAGUGGCCAUUCUAUCGACUGCAUUUGCUGCACCGUGCGCCUCUGAAGCCGCUUCCCGACGGAGGCUACACAAUUAGUGGACGGGAGGUUAAUCUUGCUGUAGGUGCAUUCCGCGGAAAUGCUAUUAGCUCGCGGCUGCCUACAAAACAGGACAGUAACGAGGUAGCCACGAUCUUGCAUUCUUAUAUCAAGUGAAAGAACAUUCCAUCCACAGAUAAGAGGCAAAGGGACCUAGAAGACUAAAUCAUAGUUAAGUGCAGUCCAUUAAUGGACAUCUGAAGGUGCUCUUAAUUCCCGUAUAUGUUUAAUGACCGACAGACAAACUGUAGUUGCUGAUGUUUAGUCGACAAGUGAGACGAACCGUAGGGGUUCCGCAUUGUAACGAGAGGCAUGCGCUUAAUAGGACCAGAUUCCGAAACGUAGCUCAGGGGUUUCACGAGGAAUUCUUUGUCAGUUGAUAGAGAAGGAAGUGUUUGUUGUAAUUUGGAUUUGUGGAAUUAGAAAGAGGCUCUUUUUUGUGAAUAACUUUGUGUUAGUUGUUAUUUUAAUACCUUGUUUGCCAAGUUACGUUUCAGAAUUUGGCGCUGCUUAGUGCUUCCUGGCCCUUGAAAUUUAUUUUCAGGGCCUUCAAAAGACAAAACCCGCUCAAGAUGUUCAAGUCAUAGUUUUGGAAUCUGUUAUUUUAUUUUAUUUUAUUUUUUUUGUCUCAGAUUGACCCUUUUGUUUUUUGUUGUACAAUCGUUCACACAAAAUGUACAUUAAAAGGAAUACCUCAACAGGUUAGUUAUUUUUUGUUGUUAACAUGCAAUGCAACUCAUAUUUUUUUAGACUCUGCAAAAAAGCUAAAGCUAACAUGAAUGACACGUGCUGUAGAGUAUAGCUUCGAACCAUUGGUAGCUUUGCCAGGGUGAACUAGAUGGUUGAAUCUCCCUGUGGCUCUCGCUGACAGGUUAACCAUCUUCUCCCCCUGGCAAAUCAGACCUGUGUUUACCCAAAGAUUACACGUAAGUCCAACUUUUAGUCAUUUUGAUGGUAGGGGCAUAGAGAUGAUCCAGUAUUUAUUUGUGUAUGAUUUUGUGCAACCUAAAAAUCAGUGUAAUUAAAGGGUUGUCUGUAUAUAGUUUUUUUUUGUUAAUGUUUGUUGAAGUAAUUCUUCUUCUGAAUUAGAAGAGGGAUAUUUGAGUCACUUUCUUGUAUUUCUUGCUGCGUAUCAUACCAGCCAGACUUUUUUUUUUGGGGGGGGGAAGGGGCCAUUUUUAUAUAUGUACUCACUCGCCUUCGAGCCGUCACUAACAAGGCCAUUCACGGACGAUAGUUGAGUCUCCUGUUCGAAUCGCUUUUUUUUAUAAUCUAAAAUUUAUGUUAGACUCCAAAGAUUAAUAGGUUUCUUGAACUCAGGAAUGAUUUUAAUUGGUAAAAAGGAGAAGUUUGUCUAUCUAAGAAGUUUGUCUAUUCAUCCAAUCAGAACGCUUCUUUUGAAUUUUAUUUUCCUGAAACGUUUCAAUUUCUCUCACUAUCGUCCGGCUCUGUGGUUUCUUACGCUUCAUCAUCACUCCAUCAUUUUCCAUUAUCAGUCACCUUCACCUUCACUACAUUUUAAGGCCGCUGUCAUCCUCCACUGUGUUUAGAGGUUUGUUGUAUACAUCUCUGUACAUAGACCAAAAAUCGUGAAUUUAAAUUUUGUAAUAACUGGCGUUGUAUAUUCUAUUUUAAUACAAGAGAACCCGGUGUAUUGUCGUGGUGCAGUGAGGAGACCUCGUGGCUCUCUGAAACGGUUGUAUUAUAUGUUUGUAAAGGAUUAGAGAAACUGAACUGAAUGCUUUUGAAGGUGUAGAGAGGCUGAACUAGAUGCUUACAAAGAAUUAUAGAAGUAAGACUGAAUCCUUCUGAGGAUUAAGGACGCUAUAAUUAACGCUUAAGGAGAAAUAGAGUAGUUGGAUUGGAUACUUUUUUUUUUAACAGAAUAAGAGAAGAUGGGUCGAAUGCUUUGAAAAGACGUAUAGUUGGAUUGAAUGCUUUAAAAGAAAGUAGAGAAGUUGGACUGAGUGCUUGCAAGAAAGCAGGCAAGGAGCAGCCAGAGGGAUUCCUUGCUUGACAAGCUCGACGAGGCCACAGGGGUCACAGGCAGGGUCGGGUGGAAGCAAUAAAUAUAUUUAAUAAAUGUGUAGUUUUUGAUUUCUUGAAAACUACGAAAGGGAAAAUUUGUUAUAUUUUGUUGUCUAUAAUAUUAAUAUCUAUUGGGAUGGCUUGUACUACACCACACACCAUAAUGUAAAUAACAUAACACCAAAAUAAAGACUGGAAUGCUA